GCUUGUCCGAUGCUGAAGAUUAUGAACGCAGGUCGGUCGCGGGGGGUUUGCCUCGUGACUACGUAGUACCAACCCGUCCGUAUACCGCAAUAAACGGAGAAACGACCUGUCUCGGCCAAGCAACCAUCCUCCCCUCCUCCUCCUUGCAAGUUCGGUGGUUCUGCCCGGCAGUGGGCUUUCUGCAGCAUCACCGUGUGUAGUAUGUAGGAGAGUAUUUGUCAAGUGGCAGGGCAUAGAGUAAUGUGUUCCUCAUGAGGCGGUCUGAAGGGAAGAUAGCCGCGCGUGUAGGUAUGGCCCUUCACGCUCCGCAGGGGAGGCCCAUCACCCAUCUCUCCUCCUUCCUCUUCCCUCCUCCGGGGUCCCUCCGAGCAUGAAGCGCCUCUCAGGUGUCCGCUCCAGCCUCCGCCUCUUCCCCGUCGCCGUCGACGGCACCCUAGUCCAGCACGAGAUCCGCCGCAGCAUCGGCCUCGUCAACGCCUGCCACCGAGACCUCCAACGCCUCGUCGCGCUCCGCAACGAGCAGCAGCAGCGGCAGCAGCAGCAGCCACCGCAGCACCUAGACUUCCUGGAAAGCCAUCAUCUCCACGACCACCACCAUGCCAAUCUUCUCCGUCACGUGGACGGAGUGAUUGACGAUGCGAGCCGCUGCCUAGACGGCGCCUGCCGCAUCGUCGAGAGGUUUCGCGACAUCGGCGGUGGUGGCGGCAAGGCGUCGCUGCAUAUGCGCAUGGAGUGGCUUGCGAGCAGCUCGUCCGAGUUUCGCAUCCUGGAGCCCUUGAUACGCCAUCACCACGCCGAGGUCCUGGCCGGGCUAAGCUCGCUGCAACAGGCCGCCGUGGUGUCGCGACCUCUGCCCGACGAGGCCGCCGGCCGGGUAGACAUCGUCAGGCGCAACGCGCCUCCCACCGAGGGACAGGAAGUGUUUGAAAACUUGGCCCUCCUCGGGGACAUUAUCGGCGAUGAUCUUGCUGCCACGUCCAGCCCGACGCCGCCAUCUCAACUCACAACCCCUUCCCUCCCCGUGCCGAGCCCCGUGCCGAGCCCCGUGCCGAGCGCCGUUUCGCGAAAGCCGGUCGCGUACUCUUGUCUGCCCGAGCCCGUGUUUCCAAACACGCUUCCCGAGCCGCUCGACAGCUCGGGGAGUGACAUGUAUGGACCGCGGCCGCUGUCUCCUCCUUGGGGGGGCCUCCUCGUCGGACCCAAUGCGCGAGAUAAGGCCCCUCUAGCACCUGAAAACGACUUGGGACUAUCACUCUUGUUCGGUGUCGAGGCCGAUCUCGGUGCGGAGACUGCUGGCUUGCGUCGGUGUCAGUCGCCAUCCGUUCCCGCUCAGUGUUCGCCACUUGCUCCCUCGGACGUGUCCAUCUAGGUACUCGCGUAUGAGCAGGCUCCGUCGACGACCCCAAGUAUUCCAUCCGCUCAAUGACAAAAGUGGUGAGACUUGGUUGCGUACAUAGCCUCGUGGUUGAGCCAAGAUGGUGCUACAUGGAAGCGAGUCACGGGGGUAUUCGAGUUCUCGCCAGAGACGGGGUGGAGACAAAGAUAGUUUGCAAUCCUGCAAAUAAAGCCAUCGCAUUUGUACUUUGAAUGCUUUUUCCAGCUCGAGAAAUAUUGGUCCACGAGCAAUCGGUCCGAUAUAGCGCC